AUGGCCGAGGCGCAUAUAAGCCCGUCCCACACCUUCAGAUUCCCCGUACCGCCCUCGCCCGCCGACAUGCAGCCCAACGGAACAGGCUCCGUCGUCUCCCCCGUCCCCGACGACCACGAGAAGAUCAUGUCCUACAUCCAGGACCGCCGCGUCCUCGGCUACGACCCGCUCGUGCAGCCCGCCCUGCUCCGCCACGAGAUCGUCUCCACGCCCGAGUCCCGCCUCACCAUCGCUGCAGCCCGCUACGCCGCCGCGCGCAUCCUCGCCGGCCAGGACGACCGCCUGCUCGUCGUCGUCGGCCCCUGCUCCAUCCACUCCCCCGCCCAGGCACUCGAGUACGCCCGCCUCCUCAAGGCCCGCAUCCCCUCCUGGCCCAACCUCCUCAUCAUCAUGCGCGCCUACUUGUGCAAACCGCGGACGACCGUCGGCUGGAAGGGCCUCAUCAACGACCCGGACAUCGACGGCUCCUUCCAGAUCAACAAGGGCCUGCGCCUCGCCCGCCAGCUGCUCUGUGACCUCACCGCCCUCGGCGUCCCCGUCGGCUCCGAGCUCCUCGACACCAUCUCCCCCCAGUACAUCGCCGACCUCAUCUCCUGGGGCGCCAUCGGCGCCCGCACCACCGAGAGCCAGCUCCACCGCGAGCUCGCCUCGGGCGUCUCCUUCCCCAUCGGCUUCAAGAACGGCACGGACGGCAGCGUGUCGGUCGCGGUCGACGCCAUGCGCUCCUCGUCCAACCCGCAUGCCUUCAUGGGCGUCACGGAGCAGGGCCUCGCCGCGAUCGUCAAGACGCGCGGGAACCAGGACGUCCACGUGAUCCUCCGCGGGGGCAGCACAGGCCCAAACUACGAGGCGGAGCACGUCCGCGCCGCGGCGCUCGCGAUCGAGAAAGCGCGUCCGCACGCGCGCCCGUCCAUCAUGAUCGACUGCAGCCACGGGAACUCGCAGAAAAACCACCUGAACCAGCCCAAGGUGCUCGCGUCCGUCUGCGCGCAGCUCGCGGCGGGCGAGCGCGCGAUCACGGGCGCGAUGGUCGAGUCGCACAUCCACGCGGGGCGGCAGGACGUCCCGCCCGCGGGCCCCGGCGCGCUCAAGCACGGCGUGAGCAUCACCGACGCGUGCGUCGACUGGGAGAUGACCGUCGGCAUGCUCGACGGGCUCGAUCGGGCCGUCCAGCAGCGCCGCGACACGCUCAUCGCGCAGGGCCUGAAAAAGCCCACGGGGCGCGCGUCCGACGCGCCGUGA